AUGUCCUGUUUUGACUGCGUGCGUGGCUGCUUCUACUGGACACAGCCUUCUGGCUGGAGCGACCAUUUGAUGGUGCUGGACACGUGCACCAUGAGGUUUUCCACUGUCGACCUUCUCACCGGCUGCCAUGUGGAGCUCAGCAAUCUGCCUGACAAGAGCCGUGGCCGUCGUAGCCUAAAUGCCGUUGUGAUGGGCAGGGAAGGAGCCCUUGAGAUGUUUUCCCUUGUCUGUCAACAUGGAUCCUUUGCCAUCUACCAUACCUCUCUAAAGAAUAAUUCGCAGGAAUGGAAGUUAGAGAAGAUCAUACAGCUUCCUGGGCAGUAUCAUUCCAUUUGCACAAUGCGUGCAGCCGAGGGAUUCUUGUUCUUCCGAGGCGCUCCAGAAGAUAGGAAAGAUUCCCAUUGCACCAACUGUGCACUUGCUUCACAUUUCUACUCCCAUGAUCUGAGCUCGCUUGCUAGUUGUUUUGGUCUUGCUUGGGCGAUCUACACCUGGGGUUGGAUGGCGGAUGUUCAAGAUUGUCAUGUUGUGGCAAUGGCAUUGGUGAUGGUCACAGUGAAGUACAUCCCCGAUGAAUCGACCCGGUGCCAUAGAUUCAAGAAGCGCUUCAAAGGCCUAAUGAAGAAGGUGGACGAACUAGCCAUCCUGUGCGAUGUCAAGACCUGCAUACUGGUGUACGACGAGGGCAAGGCGGCGCCGGAGGUGUUCCCUUCCCGGGCCGAGGCGGUGGAUAUCCUGAAUCAAUUCAAAAGCAUGCCAGAGUUGGGGCAGUGCAAGAAGGUGAUUAACCAGGAGGGCUUCACCGCCAAGCGCAUUAACAAGCUCCGGGACCAGGUCGACAAGACCCGCCGCGAGUGCGAGGACGGCGAGAUCAGGUACCUCCUUCACAAAACCAUGCAUGGCGACCACUCAGGCCUCGUUGGCCUCAACAUCAAGGAGCUCACCAGAGUUGGCUACAAGGUGGACAUGCUUCUCAAGAGCAUCAGUGAACGCAUGGCAAAAAUCCAUUCCCAGGUGCCGCCGCCAACUCCAUGUGUCACCACCGACAUCAUUGACAUGGGGUCUCCAGUGUUGUAUCCGACACCACCUCAGCAGCAGGAGGGCCGGCCUGACAUGGUGAGCUCCGCAGGGGACCUCGACACCCUGGUCUAUAGUGGCUAUGCCGGCGCCAACUUCUCUAGCAGUGAUAUGAUGCAGAUGUUGUCCUUUGAUAUGGGGUUCGGUUCUAGUCAUUCCCCUCCCAUGUAA